GUUCACUAAGGAAGACAUAAGGAAGGCAUGGCCAGGAGAAGAAGUCGGAGCAGGGAGAGCUCGUCACCUGACAACAGAGGAAGGAGGAGGAGGAAAAGGGACGAUUCUGGCAGUGACAGCGACCGCAGCUCCCCCCGCAGCAGGCCAUCCUCCUCUCGCUCCCCGCCUUCAAGCCCCCGGAGGCCUGCCGCACGCACAAGGCACUACCGAAGAAAGGGAGAUGGCAACAAGGAAAGCCAGCCGGCACAGAGCAAUGGGAAGGCGGAGGACGCGGCUGCGCGGUUAUUAGAGGAGGAGGAGAUGGCGCAGCGCAUAGAGGAGCGCGUGCGCGAGCGCGUGGAGGCCGCCAUGCAGUCAGAGGACGUUCUGCGCCAGAUCGAGGCGCGCCUGCGCGAAGAGCGGGCCGCCCUCGAGCAGAAGGUGGCGCGGCAGCUGGAGUUGGAGAAGGCGACGCUGCUGGAGCGCAAGCGUCGAGAGCAGGACGAGCGCCGGCGCAAGCAGGAGGAACUCGACCACAUCCUCCUCGACAACAGGCGCAAGGUGGAGGAGGCGCAGAUACGAGCGGAGCAGGACCGGCAGAAGCGGCAAGGCGGACAGUCGCAGCAAGGUCAGCAGGAGUUGCAGCGCAUGCGGCCGAUGGGCAUCCGCAUUGUUGAUACAUGAGGUCCCAGGGAGUAAGGACGCUCUGGAACAAUCAGAGUUUGUCGUUGUGGUUCUUGUGAACCUGCAGACACUAAUUCUUGAAGUUGCCUAUGAU